AUAGAGGUUAUGAAACAAGGAAGAAGGAAGGUAAUAAAUACUAGUCGUGUUUGAUUUGUCAGUGAUAAAUUAACUCUAGGAUGGUUGCGAUAAGAAGCAAAUGUUGGUCAGUGAGAAACUGACAGAUGAAUAUUUACCAGAGGCAAGAUACAGUGAAUACGGAUACAUAUGUAGAAGAACGCUCAAGGAAUUUUUCUUCACACUUUAACAGAAAAACAUGGCCGGUGGAGAAACCCGCAUAAUAUUAGGUUUACUGGGAUUCUCCAUAAUCCUGCUUGUCUAUUUAAACACCAGAGGUGAACCACUGACACAUAACAAACGUGCAGUUAUUGAAUGUCUCGACUCAUCUUUGGUUUGUGGGCCAAAUGCAUAUUGUUACAAUAACAGUGGAAACUACUCCUGUUCUUGUUGGAGUGGAUAUAAUGUUACAAGGAUGAAUGAAUCUGUCAACAACAGUAACCCAUGCACUGAUGUGGAUGAAUGUCAGCUGAUUCCAUCUGUUUGUGGUCCAAACACCAUCUGCACAAAUAUAAAUGGAAGUUACAGUUGCUCAUGUUUAGAAGGGUAUAUUGCACCAUAUCUCAACAUCGGCAUCAAUAACACAUGCAUAGAUGUGGAUGAAUGUCAGGUGAAUCCAUCUGUUUGUGGGCCAAAUUCCAACUGCACAAAUGUAAAUGGAGGUUACAAUUGCUCGUGUUUGAAAGGGUUUAAUGCAACAUCCCCAAAUCUGAAAAUCAGUAUCAAUAACACAUGCACAGAUGUGGAUGAAUGUCAGCUGUAUCCACCUGUUUGUGGUCCAAACUCCAUCUGCACAAAUAUAAAUGGAAGUUACAGUUGCUCAUGUUUAGAAGGGUUUAUUGCACCAUAUCUCAACAUCGGCAUCAAUAACACAUGCAGAGAUGUAGAUGAAUGUCAGGUGAAUCCAUUUGUUUGUGGGCCAAAUUCCAACUGCACAAAUGUAAAUGGAAGUUAUAAUUGCUCGUGUUUAAAAGGAUUUAAUGCAACAUUCCCACAUCUGAAAAUCAGCAUCAAUAACACAUGCACAGAUGUGGAUGAAUGUCAGCUGAUUCCUUCUGUUUGUGGUCCAAAUGCCACCUGCACAAAUGUAAAUGGAAGUUACAGUUGCUCAUGUAUGGAUGGAUUUAAUGCAACAUUACCGUAUCUCCCCAUCAGCAUCAAUAACACAUGCACAGAUGUGGAUGAAUGUCAGCUGAUUCCAUCUGUUUGUGGGCCAAAUUCCAACUGCACAAAUGUAAAUGGAAGUUAUAAUUGCUCAUGUUUAAGAGGAUUUAAUGCAACAUUCCCACAUCUCAAAAUCAGCAUCAAUAACACAUGCACAGAUGUGGAUGAAUGUCAGCUGAUUCCAUCUGUCUGUGGGCCAAAUUCCAACUGCACAAAUGUAAAUGGAAGUUAUAAUUGCUCGUGUUUUAAAGGAUUUAAUGCAACAUUACUAAAUCUCCCCAUCGGCAUCAAUAACACAUGCACAGAUGUGGAUGAAUGUCAGCUGAAUCCAUCUGUCUGUGGGCCAAAUUCAAACUGCACAAAUGUAAAUGGAAGUUACAGUUGCUCGUGUUUGGAUGGAUUUAAUGCAACGUUACUAAAUCUCCCCAUCGGCAUCAAUAACACAUGCACAGAUAUCAAUAAAUGUCUCAACUCAUCUUUAGUUUGUGGGUCAAAUGCAUAUUGUUACAACAACGGUAGAAACUACUCGUGCUCUUGUUGGAGUGGAUAUAAUGUUACAAGGAAAAAUGAACCCGUUAGCAGCAGUAACCCAUGUACUGAUGUGGAUGAAUGUCAGCUGUAUCCAUCUGUUUGUGGACCAAAUUCAAACUGCACAAAUGUAAAUGGAGGUUACAAUUGCUCAUGUUUAAAUGGAUUUAAUGCAACAUUACUUAAUCUCCCCAUCAGCAUCAAAAACACAUGCACAAAUAUCAGUAAAUGUCUCAACUCGUCUUUGGUUUGUGGGCCAAAUGCAUAUUGCUACAAUAACUACUCGUGCUCUUGUUUGAGUGGAUACAAUGUUGCAAGGAAGAAUGAACUUGUUAGUAGCAGUAACCCAUGUACUGAUGUGAAUGAAUGUCAGCUGAAUCCAUUUGUUUGUGGGCCAAAUUCCAACUGCACAAAUGUAAAUGGAGGUUACAAUUGCUCAUGUUUGCAUGGAUUUAAUGCAACAUUCCCACAUCUUACCAUUGGCAUCAAUAACACAUGCACAGGCUUAAACGGAACAGCGGCACCACCAACAACAACACAAUCAGUAAAAUAA